ACAAAGAAGAGAACAAAGGCUGACGAAACGACGACGUACUAGGAGGCGUGAUAAUAGCGGGCAACAAGAAGAAGAUUGCGACUGAGAAUAUCGAAGUUCCACUGUCCCGAAGCUGUCAACAAUGGCGAUUUCCGGCGAUCUCAGAGUCUCAGCAACACUUCCUCUGUAUCGCUCCCACUCGCCUCCACUCCGAACCUCUUCUCAGUCUUCCCCAAAGGUAGACUUUCAUCGUUUCUUGAACAGAGCUUGUAGCAUCUCUGAAUUCACUCCAAAAUGCCCUUACCUGACAAUUGUACGAUGCAAUAUGCGUGGGUAUUGCAAGCCAGUUGCUGCGGUCCUUGGAGGUCCUAAAUUUACAUCAAAUUCAGUUAGCCAAGAAACCGAGAACUUUCUCCUUGAUGCUGUUAAAAUGAACUUCUUUGAGCGGUUAAAUUUGGCUUGGAAGAUAAUUUUCCCAUCGGCAACAUCUAGAAAAAACUCCAAUGCUAGGAUUGCUAAGCAACGCUUGAAGAUGAUUCUGUUCUCUGAUCGGUGUGAAGUAAGUGAUGAGGCAAAGCGAAAAAUUGUUAGCAAUGUUGUGCGUGCUCUAUCAGAUUUUGUGGAAAUAGAAUCACAGGAUAAAGUUCAGCUGAGUGUCUCUGCUGAUACAGAUCUUGGAACUAUUUACUCUGUCACAGUGCCUGUACGGCGGGUUAAACCAGAAUAUCAAGAAAUGGAUGAAUUUGGGACAAUAACAAAUGUUGAGUAUAAGGACACCGGAGAGACUUCUGGUUCUGUUGAUGUUACAUUUGAUUUCUAUGUUCCAGACGAAAGGUCUUGAUUUUGAGUUGAAAGUUCUUGAAUUUUGAUUUCUUUGUCAAAAGUUAGUGUCUGAAAUGCCUACCAGUGAAAGCUAAUCUGGAUUUCUGUAUAUAUUUUUAAAUUGAAGCUUACAUUAGGGUGACACUAGAUUUUGAUGAGAAGUUUUGUUUUUGUACUAUCUAUAUCUGUUAGUUUGGUUUGUUGCAUCAUUGAACUAAAUUUGGUAUGUUGUCUUUUCUUAGCAUUUAUGAUAAGCUUAUGAUUGUAUGAA